AUGAGAACAAAAGAACAAAUUCAAUUAAUCAAAGUCCACAAAAGUGAAGACUCACCUAAACAACUUUAAUUAUAAAAUUCUCCCAUCAUGAGUCAGUAGAUGACAAAGCAGAUUAGAAAAGAAAAGGCAAAAAAGACUAAUAGCAAGAGAACGAAGAAGGAGUUACAAAGGUUAAAUAAGCCAAUGCUGAGGUUAUCUAUUCAAGACCACUCUUAUGAAAAAAUUACAGAAGAGAUUAGAGAAGCAGCAAAUUCACUAUUAGGUCUAAGAAAAGUUCAGUCAGAUCGUGCUAGGUCAAACAAAAAACUUCUAGAUAGCUUUGAAGAUUCCCAGAAUUUCAACGAUUCAACUCAUUGCUAUUCUAGCGUAAGCAAUAUUACAGCAUCCCCUCAUGACGAUGAGAAAGAGAUCGAAGAAGAUGUUUCUCAAAUUUCUCCAAUUUCUAAUAAUAACAGACCAUAACCUGAUACUUUUGACGUCAAGCCAAUAUUUUUCUUGGACAGAGUUCCAAGCACCUAAAAAAUCUUAAGGGGAGAAUAGGUUAUAUUCAAGGAUCACUAUAAGGAGAUAUUACGUUAUUACGAUAUAAUUCCAGUUCCAACAUCAUUCAUUGAAGGAGUAACGCUACCGAGUCAAGGUCUUUUUUUCGAAGUCAAACCCCAGGUUCCUGACUUUUGGACACGAAUGACCAUAGAUCAUCCUAACAUGGCUAACUUCAUUAAUAGGUUUACCAGCAGUAACUGA